AUGUCAUACCGAUCUCUAUACGCCCUCGUUCCUGGAUCUGUUCGUGCCUCCGCACCACAGGCGGCAGCAUCAUAUACAUCGAAGUCACCACUGCGCCCCAUCUGUGUCGCUGGUGCAUCAAUAUUCGCCUUACAUCGUCCUCUCCUUCACUCUGUUGCCAGCAACACUCCACACCCUUCAAAAGCCGCACCCUUCCCUUAUUCCACUGCGCCAGGCUACAUUUGCGAGGCUGCGGCCAUGACUGUUGCUGGUGUGGUCUUGACUAUUGUCUUUGGCCUUCUCGGCGUGCUCGGCGUGCCCUUCCGUAGUCGAUGGCACUAG